AUGCCGCCAUUGGGUGCGUCAAGUGACAGCAGUUUCAAGCUUGGGGAUCGCCUAGCUGACAUCGACUUAGGAGGAACGCAAGACACUCCUCUCGCGCCGAGCGUCGAAAAAGCCUACUACCGGAAAUGCAUCGAACUCAAACGGCGACUGAAUGAGGUCGAGGCCGCAAACGAUGAGGCCAAGAAAAAGAGAAUGCGACUAGACAGAGCGGUCAUGAAGAUGCGGUUGGAGCGAGCCUUCCUGUUGGAUGAGCUGCGUAAACGGAUGGAUGUCAAUGUAGAUGGCAGCGAUGGCAGCGGCGACGAAGAGAUGGAACGUCCACCUCCUGACCGACCGCACCGCGAUAAACGUCGCAGACAACCCGCUUCUCAGCCCGCAGUACCGUCAACGAGCACAUUUCAAGCAACCGCCUACACGCCUUCCGCUCACCGGACUACAUCGGAUCCAAGCCUGGCGGCAAUUCCUGGCGGCCGGGCACCAUCUACAGCAGACGAUGGCCGCUAUGCACAAAUGGAUCAAGGCACGCCUCAGGCAAGUGGUGGCCCCGCUCCGCUCCCGCAUGGGAGCCCGUACGGCCAACCGCCCACUGGUCUUCCAGGCGGUACUCCUCAUGGCCACACCAAUGGGGCAAGCUACGAAGACGAUGCGGAGGAACGCGCCAUGUCGUCUCGAUCUACUGUUGCCGAGCCCGCUGCUCGCUCAGCGGACAUUGAGAACGGCGAUGCAGCGACAAAUUAG